ACUCAUAGCAGCGCACCACUCCUUGGUUUCGCGUUUGGCCUGCGCAGGCGCAAACCCGCAAGAUGGCGGCGGCUGGAGGUGGCCGUCUUAGGCGGGCGGCGUCGGCUCUGUUGCUCCGGAGCCCCCGCCUGCCGACCCGGGAGCUGUCAGCUCCGGCCCGGCUCUAUCACAAGAAGGUUGUUGAUCAUUAUGAAAAUCCUAGAAACGUGGGGUCUCUUGACAAGACAUCUAAAAAUGUUGGAACUGGAUUAGUGGGGGCUCCAGCGUGUGGUGAUGUAAUGAAGUUACAGAUUCAAGUGGAUGACGAGGGGAAGAUCGUGGAUGCCAGGUUUAAAACAUUUGGUUGUGGUUCUGCAAUUGCCUCCAGCUCCUUAGCCACCGAAUGGGUGAAAGGGAAGACGGUGGACGAAGCCUUGACCAUCAAAAACACAGAUAUCGCCAAGGAACUCUGCCUUCCCCCUGUGAAACUGCACUGCUCCAUGCUGGCUGAAGAUGCGAUCAAGGCCGCCCUGGCUGAUUACAAACUGAAACAAGAACCCAAGAAAGGAGAGGCGGAGAAGUAAGCCCUUGGCGAAGCUUCCGGCCGGACACAUCGGCUGCUUGUCCACCCGCCAUGCAGUCACCGUAGAUUUCCGAAGCCCCUCGCACUGCAGUGAAAGAGCUAUGCUACACUCACAUUUACUGUUCACAUCGUAGCUCUAAUGCAAGCAAAAUACACAGUGUAAUUGUUCUGAAUCCUGUGGUUUCUUUCAGCCCACUUUUAUUGCCUUAACCCAGUUUAUGUAUAUUCUGAAUUGUGUGGAUGGCCUCAAA